AUGACUAACACUGCUUCGGUUGCUAGUGCUAGCACGUCGCCCAAAGCGGCUUCAUCCAUGCCGUCAUCCCCGCGGCAUUCUUUCCGCAUGCCAUUUCAUCUAGGCAUGACACCAGUCAAUCAGGGCCAGGAAAAACAGCGCAGCUCGUCAGGCACCGUCGGCCCUCGUGCGAAUGCAGCUGCACAAAAGAAUGGACGUUCAUUUUCGGCCCAGCACCCCCCCUUGAGUAAAUCAGCUCACUCGCACAAAAAUUCAGUGACACAAACGCCGUCGCAACCUCGACGCCGUCGCUUUAAUGAUACCCGUGAGUUGGAUAUUCUUCGGAGCGAAGUGGCCGCACAGAGUCGCGCCGCUCGAUCUGGCACAUCUACACCCCGAUCCUUUGGGCCUGGCAUGUCGGCAGCGAUGUCGACUGAAUCGCUUUUCCAACCUAACGGGUUUGGCAGUCCACAGAUGUCGCCGUAUAUGGGCCAGAUGCCGUACAGCUCGAGCCAAGGCAGCCUUCUGCGUGUAAACCAGUCUUGGGGAUCGCGACCUGGCCUGUCUCCCUCCUCAUCUCAGCUUGAUGUAACUGGAUUCUCGAAUCGCGAGGCAGCUGUGCGGUCGGUACAGGUGCCAGAAGGUAUGGGUAUUGGUGUAGGCGAUAGCCCCUAUCCCACCUUUGCCAAGCAGAUCGAUGCCGAGUCGUUUGCUGCGGGUAACUCGCUGCGUGGCCCUGCCAUGAUGAGUAACCCUGAUUUACUUCAGGAUUCGGACGUGUAUGCUGUUCGCGGCGGCCCGCCGAACGCGGCUCCACAACAGGCUGAUGCGACCUGGCCAGAGCCUCGUACAUCAAACAGUGCCUGGCAAGGUCCAUCAACGUACUCCAAUAAAUCGCCCGUGCUUUCAGCGACAGAUGCGCGCGAUGGCCUUGCGCCCCCGCCGCGGUUGCCUUCGUCUCCUUCUCCAGCACCGUCGAACAUGGCUCUUUCGUCGCAACCAAGUGGCUUGUCGGACUCGCCCCAUAUUUCUGAGCCGGCGUUGGCUAGUGUGGAUGGCCCUGAGGCGUCAAGCACAUUGACACAUCCACGGGAAGGUGCGAAAACACCCCCACGUAUGCCAUUCACGGCGGCUCCAACGACAGCGCCAGUACCGCCAACCUCUAUUUCAAAGCCGCCGCCCUCGACUGCCUUGCCUGCUUCGGCAUCGAGCACGAGUCUUCCAAUGCAACGCCCCACCAUGCCAUCUUCGCCUAGUCGCCGUUCCAUCUUUAGUAUGGGCGCUCGUCAUGAGGCCUCAGGCUUGCGAAAUGAACACACUGCUUCGGCCUCUACCACGAAAGAGUCGAAGUGGAAAUCACUCUUUGGGCCUCUUUUCCGGAAGAAAAAGUCUCACCCAUCUAUGCCAGCCAAGUCGGCAGCUUCCUCUGCCAAUAGCAAACCUACCUCGGGCUCGACGGCGCCUGUGACUGCAGCGGGUCUUACGGCGCCGCUUACUGCGUCCAGUCUAAGCGCGAACAAACCUGAGAAGGACAGUGCUGUGAAGACUGGCAACGAUUCAAUGCCUGUGCCAGGACCCACGGCACCAGCGCCGUCAGCACCGGCGCCGUCAGCACCAGCGCCGUCAGCACCAGCGCCGACUGCCCCAGCGCCGACUGCCCCAGCCGCCGCCACCGAACCCGAGACUGUGAUUGUUACCUUCCCAGUAAGCCCUCGCGCACAAACACAAGGCGUGUCCAAUGUGUCUCAGUUACCACCCCAGCGUCCGCCGCGCUUGGGCCCUAUUUCUUCACCUCCCGAGCCCCCAACCCCACCGCAGCGGCCCCUUCCUCCCGAAGCGCCGGAGCCGUUUUCGCCAAGUGUGGUCACAGUGCCCAACCCUGUCCAGCCGGAGCCACAGGCUUCUGCUAGUGUGUACGAUCCAGACUCUGUAACACCUCCGAUGUCACCGUCCGGACCGUCUGGGACAACGCCUUCUGCGUCAGCGUCCGCGUUCGCUUCUGCGCCUGUGCUGCUACCUUAUGCAACCACGCCAGCAGCGGAGUAUGCGCCUGCUCCGUCGUAUUCUGUUCCAUCCACUAUGGCAUCCCGUCCUCUUUCGCCUGUGAAUUCCAUGCCGUGGAACCUACAGACGGCGCCAGCCACGAAGACCGCCGCUGAGCCUGAGCCGUCGUCUAUGUAUCCCCCUACGACGGCGCUUUUUACUCGCACGGGCGACUCUGCUUCCUCCUCGAUGGCUACCGUGCCAACCGACCAACCUCUUAUGUCUUCUACCACUCCUUCCUCUGUUACGUCUCCCCUCUCGGUGAAGUCUGCCUCCAGCAAUCUCUUGCCGGCCUUUGGUUCGACGACAGUCAUGUCUAGUGGUCCAUCGGAUACCAACUGGCCGCCGGCCAGUACGUUGGCGCCUCCACCGCACGAGAAGCUGGGCGAUCCAGCGCCGGACCGUUCUUUCCACACGCCUCGCUUGUCCGGUGCCUCGCAAGAGGUACCUAAGGUCUCAUCACAGGCCCCUGCUCCCCCGCUGGCUUAUUACUACCCGUCUCCGAGUAUCCCGUCUGGUGCGACGUCAACUAACACUGCUACGUCGACCUUGGCACCUUCGCUGACGAGCAACCCUUUCUACCUGCCUUCGUCUUCUCUUACACCAUCGUUUUCGACUCAGCAGUUGGCCUAUCAUCAGGAAGUUGAGCCUGCGAACUUGUUCGCUACACCCAGGCGAACCUCGAAUAUUGUCGCUUCACACACAUAUUCGCCUCAGGACGAAAGUGUGCAUGUGCAUGGCCAUGGUAUCGGCGGCGAUGAUGAUGCAAGCGAGACCGAGGACAUGGGGAUGCCUCUUUCGCGGUCUAUGCAAGAGAUGAUCCGGUACACACUAUUGCAGCCGUCUGCCUUGGACACCCAACACUAA